CCUUUAAAACCCACAUUCACCAGUCAAUAAAGAGCAUUUUUUUUUGUGCGUUCUAAGAAUCAAAACCUUUGAUCUCGAUUUGGUUGUUUUCCUCUUUCCGUUUCUUGUCUCAAAGGAAAAGAAUUAUUUUCUUCUUGGAUUGAAAAAGACCCAGUUUUUGGUGGGCUUUUCUUGGUUUACAGUUUUAGUUUAGAGAGAGAGAGAGAGAGAAAGGAGAGAAUCAUGGCUUGUUCAUUGAAGAAUGGCCUCUGCUUUUCUGGGUUAGAAGAGAUUACUGUGAACUCAAAAACCAAAAAUGUUUCUGGGUUUUGUUCUUCCUUUGGUCUUCCACAACAUAUUAAAGAAUCAAAUUCAAAUGCUUCUCCUGUUUUGACUUCUGAUUUUGUGGGAAAAUCGUUGACUUUUCCUGAGCAAAAGGGCUCAAGAGAUUGGAGGGUUAAUUCUUCAAAUCAUUUAUCUGUUAAUGCACAGGCAUCAAUCUGUAUAAGCCGAGCCAUGAGAUGGUGGGAAAAGACUCUUAAGCCCAACAUGGUGGAGAUCCAAACGGCACAACAACUCGUUGAUUCGUUGGUUAAUGCCGGUGACAGAUUGGUUAUAAUUGACUUUUACUCACCUGGUUGUGGUGGUUGCAAAGCUCUCCAUCCUAAGAUUUGUCAGCUGGCUGAAUCAAACCCAAAUGCAAUAAUCCUUAAAGUAAACUAUGAAGAGCUCAAAACUAUGUGUCAUGCUCUCCACAUUCAUGUCCUUCCAUUCUUCAGAUUCUACAGAGGCUCAGAAGGUCGCCUUUGUAGCUUCAGCUGUACCAAUGCAACCAUUAAGAAGUUCAAAGAUGCAUUGGCAAAGCAUGGGGAUCGUUGUAGCCUUGGCCCUGCAAAAGGCUUAGAUGAAGAUGAGCUAUUGAAAUUGGCUUCACUUGGUGAAAUUCAAUUAACUUCACUAUUACCUUUUACCAAGAAAGGGAAUAUGGAGGAUUUGGUGACGCGUGGCAUGGAUAUUUCUGGAAUUUGGAACAACAAGACUGAACUGAAAGAAGAGAUCCCAUUAAAGCUUUGAAAAAAAAAAAAUAUAUAUAUAUAUAUAUAUUUUGUAAUAAGAUUAUUGGUAGUGGAGCAAGGAAGCUCCAAUUUUCUCAAAAUUUGCUCCUUUUUUUUUGGUAGGGGGUCAAUUUUUGUGUACAUAAUUUGUUCUUGGGAUUUCUAUAAGCAGGGCAUCUGGGUUUUUUUUUUUUUUUUUAGAUUGAGUCCUGCGAGUUUGGGUAAUCUACUAUUGUACUGGGAUACCAUGAUCUGAUUGAGAAGCUUAAUACAUAUAUAUGUCAUCGUUGAUUCAUUUGUGUGUUA